GAAGGGGAGGCGGAGCCCCCAGCCCCGCCCGUCGCCCAUGGCCGUGGCGGCCGCAGCCCGCCGGGGCCUGCUGGCCCUGCCGCUCGGCCUGCGGCUGCGGCUGCCCCGCCCGAGCCCGCCGCCCGCCCGCAGCCUGCCCCUCGUCGCCCCCGGGCCCCGCGCCGCCGCUCCGCUCCGCGCGGCCCUGCGCAGCUACAGCCAGGUUACAGAUGUGCCGUCCCAGGAAGGUCACCUCUCAGACCAGGAACCAGAAUCAUCUAAGGCAGAAAAUGAGAGUGUCUUUCUCAUCAGGGCGCAAGGAUUCCCCUUCUCGUGCACGGAAGAAGAUGUGCUUACCUUUUUUGAUAGCUGCAGGAUUCGGAACGGGGAGAACGGCGUGCACUUCCUGCUCAACAGGGAUGGCAGGCGCAGGGGGGACGCCUUGAUCGAGCUGGAGUCCAAAGCUGAUGUCCAGAGAGCCUUGGAGAAGAACCUGAGGUACAUGGGCCCACGCUACGUGAAAGUUUUUGAAGUACAUGACAGUGAUGUAGAGGGCUUGCUGCAAAGCCUGCGGGAUGAGUCACAAGCCAUUAAUGAUGGAGUGGUGCUACUCAGAGGCCUUCCCUUCAGCUCCACUGAGGAGGAUAUUGCAGAUUUCUUCUCAGGUUUGAAAAUAACUGACAUUGUUUUCGUUUACCGGGGAGAAAGGAAAACAGGAGAAGCUUUCGUGCAGUUUGCAGCUCCUGAAAUGGCAGCUAAAGCCCUGUUACGACACAGGGAAUAUAUGGGAAGUAGAUACAUAGAGGUGUAUGUAAGUAGAAAGCAUCAAAUGCAAAGGCACAUGCCUUACGACAGGCAGAUGGUGGGAUACCCCAGAGUGAGAAGAGAACACGAACCUGCUCCUGAAGAAAGGGGAUUGGGCACCAUGCCAGGCUCUGAUUCUGAACAGGAAAACCAAUCAUCCAGGGAAAGAACAGAAAGCUCUGGGCCUGUUUUAGAGUCUGGGAACAUCUCAUCAUCACUGCACUUUGUCCACAUGAGGGGUUUCCCCACCCAGGCUAGUGCCCUAGACAUAAUAAAUUUUUUUGCUCCACUGAAGCCCAUGAGGGUCAUGGUGGAAUACAACUCCCAUGGAGAAGCCACAGGAGGAGCAGAUGUGCACUUCAGUAGCCAAGAGGACGCGGUCGCUGCCAUGGCUAAAGAGGGGUCCCAGCUACAGUGCAGUGCCAUAGAAUUAUUCCUGAAUAAACAUCCAAAGGCAAAAUAAGACUGUUGAGUGACAGUGACACGGGCUCAGAUUUGGCUGAAGUGGCGCUGCUCCGUGACAAGGAGACACUGUAUAAACCCCAGUUUAGCAUGGUGUAACAGCAUCUAAUAAAUGGUGUUGCUCUA